AUGUGGAAGCAGUUUGAAAUGGGGAUAAGAGCAUUCUUGCUUAUUGCAUCCAGAAUAUGGAGCUGUUUUUGUUUUACUUUGAAAAAACAGAGCAGAGCGAUAAUACAGCAUCAGGCUGUUAAGUAUGAUUUAUUUCCCUUAUCUCCCUUAUCAAGACAUAGAUUGAGUAUAGUUAAACGUAAAGUGUUGGUGCUCGACUUGGACGAAACUUUAAUCCAUUCACAUCACGAUGGUGUUGUAAGACAAACUGUAAGGCCUGGCGUGCCACCUGAUUUUAUCUUGAAAGUCACUAUUGAUAGACACCCAGUGCGAUUUUUUGUGCAUAAGAGGCCUCAUGUCGAUUUCUUCUUGGAUAUUGUAUCUCAAUGGUACGAGCUUGUUGUCUUCACAGCGAGCAUGGAAAUAUAUGGUGCAGCUGUAGCCGAUAAGCUGGACGCUGGCAGAGGCAUCUUGCGUAGACGAUUUUACCGGCAACAUUGCACCCCUGAUUUUGGGUCCUACACUAAGGAUCUGAGCGCUAUUUGCAGUGAUCUCUCUAGUGUGUUCAUUUUGGACAACAGUCCAGGCGCUUAUAAAUCGUUUCCUGAUAAUGCUGUGCCAAUCAAGUCCUGGUUCUCAGACCCCACCGAUGUGGCUCUACUAAACCUACUUCCUAUGUUGGACGCUCUACGUUUCACAGCCGACGUAAGAUCAGUGCUGGGGCGGAACUUACAUCUGCAUAGAAUCUGUGGUCCUCUAGCCACCCUGGCACCAAAGCUGCGCAUGCCCGAAGGAAUUACCACAAAGGUAAAUUUGGACCACCAGCAACAUUUCCCGGACAUCGCAUCCAUUGCAGUUAGCCAAGUUGAAUCUACAUCACAACACAUAUGCAAUAAGAGAAUUGAAAGCAGCUCUGGAGUCACCGCCAAAGACAAACGGUUUAAGUCCCGUAUACCACAACCGCAGCGAAUUUGA